GAAGCUUUCUCUGAAAGGGAAAGCAGCGAGGAGAGAGAGAGAGGGCAGAGGAGAGAGGAGGUGGGGUGCAGUGCAGUCAAAGCUGGCAUCGCAUUUAUCUCUCUCUAUCCCUGACUCCGAAUUGUAUUCCCCCCAUUUCUUUCCCACUCGAUUCAAGCCCAGAAAAAGCUUAUGAAAAUAGAGUACCCCGGGAGAGAGGCGAUAGAUUUGGGAGCUAGUAAUGGCCCCAUAUAUAUAACCUCCUCCCUCUUCACGCCAUCUCUUGCCUUCGAUUGCCCUUCCGGCGUUCCUACCUCCUCCCCCUCCCCAUCUCCUCCCAAUCCGUGUCCUCCCCUCGUUUGGGGAUCGACACAGGCUACGCGUGGGUUGCGUCGAUUGAUGCGAGGGAGGCAAUGGCGGUUUCUUCUGCUCCGGAGAAGAAGAGGAAGUGGCUACUCAGCUACAGGAAGGUGAUCGACAAGUACCUGCGGGAGGCGAGGAGGAUUCUUGCGGCGGCGCCAGAGGGUGGCGGAGGCGGCGAUGCGGCGGCGGCACUCGGCCUGGUCGACGCGGCGCUGGAGCUGUCGCCGCGGAUGGAGGCCGCCCUGGAGCUGCGGGCGCGCGCGCUCCUCGCGCUGCGACGCUACAGGGAGGUGGCGGAGAUGCUCCGGGAUUACAUCCCCAGCUGCGGCAAGUCGUGCUCUGGGGAGGACACCUCGUCGUCCUCUUCGGCGUCCCUCCUGUCCACCGGCUCCGGUGACCUCGGCACGAUUUCCCGUGCCAAGCUCCUCUCGCCCGACCGCCACCGCUCUGACGACGCGGAACCUGACGCUCGCCCUGUCCGCUUCUUCCGCUGCUUCGACGUCUCCGAGCUCAAGCGCCGCGUCCUUGCCGGCCUCUCCAAGAACCCGAACACGGACACCCAGUGGAGGUACUUGGUCCUCGGCCAAGCUUGCUUCCACCUCGGGCUCAUCGAGGACGCUAUGGUGCUGCUCCAGACCGGGCGCCGCCUCGCUUCGGCGGCUUUCCGCCGCGAGAGCGUGUGCUGGUCGGACGACAGCUUCUCGUCGUCGUCCGCCACCGCUGCCGCGGCUCCCUCCGUCCCGUCCGGCAAAACAUCCAAGUCGAGUUCGGCGUUUUUCAUAAUCCCGGCGACGGAGUCGGAGGCCGUGUCCCAGCUCCUGGCGCACGUGAAGCUCCUGCUCCGGCGCCGCGCGGCUGCCAUGGCGGCGCUGGACGCCGGCCUGCCUGCCGAGGCCGUGCGCCAUUUCACCAAGAUCCUGGAGGCGCGCCGCGGCGUGCUGCCGCACCCGUUCGCCGCCGCCUGCCUCGUGGGCCGCGCCGCCGCGUUCCAGGCCGGUGGCCGUCCGGCCGACGCCAUCGCGGACUGCAACCGCUCGCUGGCUCUGGACCCUGCCUACAUCCCGGCGCUCCGUGCCCGCGCCGACCUCCUCCAGUCCGUGGGCGCGGUCGCCGACUGCCUCCGUGACCUCGACCACCUGAAGCUCCUGUACGACGCCGCGCUGCGGGACGGCAAGCUCCCGGGGCCCCGGUGGCGGCCGCAGGGCGGCGUGCGGUACUGCGAGAUCGCCGGCGCGCACCGCAAGCUGACGGCCCGCAUCCAGGGGCUGCGCGGCCGCGUCGCCGCCGGGGAGGCGUGCAACAUCGACUACUACCUGCUGCUGGGCGUGCGGCACGGGUGCCCGCGCUCGGAGCUGGAGCGCGCGCACCUGCUGCUCUCCCUGAAGCUCAAGCCCGACCGUGCCGUGGUGUUCGGGGAGCGCCUGGAGCUCGUGGACGAGCACCGCGACCUCGAGGCGGUGCGCGACCAGGCGCGCAUGUCCGCGCUGCUGCUGUACAGGAUGCUGCAGAAGGGUUACUCGUUCGUCAUGUCAGCCGUUCUGGACGAGGAGGCCGCCGAGAGGCAGAGGGCAAAGGACGCUGCCGCCGCGGCGGCCGCGCUGGCGGCCAAGCAGGAAGCCGCGACGCAGGAGCCACCACAGCCGGUGCCCGGGAAAUCCAAGAACACCGAGAGCGGCAGCGGCCGUCCAAGAAGCCCGCCAGGCCGCGCGCAGACGGCGAAACCGAAACCCAAGUCCAAGGCCAAGGCCAAGUCCGCGACCGCGGCGACAAUGCCGAAGGCACCGGCAGCCGUGAAUUCCACAGCCCCCGUCUACCAGGGGGUGUUCUGCCGCGACAUGGCAGUGGUGGGAACCCUGCUGUCCCGCGGCGGCGCGUUCGACCGCGCUCUCCCUGUGAAGUGCGAGGCUAUGAGCUGCUGACGGGGAAUCCUGUUCCCCCCCGUCCUACACAACACCACAUGACAUGUGCGACGUGGUGUGCACCGAGACGGAGACAGGCGCGACGUGAGAGUGAUCCAGCGAGGUGGCGGGAAAGCGGACAUGUGUUUGAAAUUGGUUUUUUUUUGGACGUCUAGCUCGCUGUUGUACAGUCGGGGGAAGUGGUAUUCGAUUCGUAUUGGGUGGGAGUGGGACAGACAGACGGGAGGAGGGGAGAAAGAAACCUGGGGUGCAGGCAGGAUGGGGGGGGGGGGGGGGGGGGGGGGGGGGGGGGGUGGGGGGGGGGGGGGUGGGGGGGGGCAGUGGACUGUAAUUUUGGCUGCGUCUUGGAGAACGGCUCGUUAAUUACAGUGCUUUCAGUUGUGCCAUUGUACCUCGCCGUUGUUGCCUCCUGCUGCAGGUUAGUUUCACGCUGAAACCUGAUCCGGUUGCUAGCCGCUGCUGCUGUGUACUGUACAUAGUACAGUCUUUCACUUGUUGAUUGUUUUUCACUUUUUCUCAACCAAAUGCAAGAUCAGAAUCUGCGCUCCGCCCCAUGAACAUCCUCA